UAUCCAACACUUAAGUAAUACCAUUAGCAUAGUUUGCACAGUUUAUAUUAUAAAAACAUUUUCAUAGGUAGCUGUGGAUUUAUAAAUGAACUGACUCCACACUCUUUAUAGCGUUAAAGAAUCGUAUAGCUUAAAGUGUACGGCUUACACUCUAGCUGGUACAAAAUAGACUAUUCUGUGUUAGUGCACUCUGUAUGUAUCAUUCAUCACGAGUCACGCAGUACAUAAUGCAGAAUUUCUUGAAAAGUUAUUAUUCGUUGUGCGAUUACAUAAUAUUAUCAAAAAAACAUUCCAGAUCAGUGCCGUGCGGUGUGGUCUUUGAAUCUGAGGGUCACGAAGUAACCGUGUGAAUAAUCCUCAUCUGGAAGUCAGUCCGAUGGCGACAAUAUUGUAUAAAAACUUCAAUGUUGUUUGGCAUGCCAAAUUCAAAGGCAUCCUUUAUUUCAUCAAAGUGCUUUGGAAGCGGUUAUUAAAUUUGCAAGAGUUUAACAACAGGUGACACCUGAGAGAAUGGCUUCUCGAAAACACAGUUAGCGCCGUGUCAAAAGAUGUCCGUACUUAGUUCAGGGAGAGAUACAAGUUUUUUGUAUCUUCUUGCAGCGCCAUAUCAACUAUUUUAGAAGUUUGAAGGAUGCUCUGAGUAAAGUGGCCGAAGAAUUUGAUGGAGAGGAGUCUGAGUUCCAUGUAUUAUGAUAUUGUAAACUAACAUAUUAAAUGUGUGCCAAGAAGAUAUGGGUGUGUCGGUCUUUGUUGGACCAACGUUUAGUUAUUGGCCAACACAUCUUCUACCUAAUAACUAAAGCCCGAAGCUUCCAAAAGCCAACACUAGAGGCAAUGGACGGAGCUUUUAGAAGUAUUUAGUUGUUGCCCAGGGCAUCUAGUUUUUGGCCAUGCCGAGAAUCGGCUGCAUUGACCAGAUAUGGAGCACCUGGUCAGCAACGUAUUUAGCACAGCAGAAGGGUUAACCAUAAUUGUUUGCACACCUUCAAAUAAUCCUCAUCAAUACUUAAGCACUAAGCAACAACGGUUGCAUUUGCCUAAAAGCAUUUUGACACUAACACUGUGAAAAAAAGCUGGCCUGAAUGAUUAAUACAAAUUUACUAUUACUUCUAUUCUUCUUCUUUAAAACAUCGUUUUAAAAGAAACGUGAAAAGAAAAUGUGUCGGAUGUCUUUGAAAUAUGGAAGUUAUAAUAACCUGAUGGAAAUUUGCAACAAUCCAUGGCAGUUCGUACGGCCAUCGACCAUUUUGUCUGAUAAUUCAGUUUUAUAUAAUUUUCUAAGAUCAAACAUUUUCUUAGUUCGGCGUUAUUAAAUUGUUGUAUACAUUUUAUCGCAUCUCCACAAUUAAUAACAGCUUAAACAUUUAAAAUGUAUCCAGCUAGACCAACGAGAGUACGAGCUCGGGGUCCGGUUAACAAUGUGCGUCAACCCGGUCCAAGGUAUCCACAACAGCGACCGACGUUCACAUCCUUUACUCCUAGACCACCUGUGUCUGGAUCUGUUGAUUCACAAGUGAAACAAGUAAAAGAAAAGAUGAACAAAUUGGCAACAACGGAUGAUAUGCCAAUUCCCCUUGGCCGGGGAAGUGUACGUGGCCGUCGUUUAACGACCGAAUUUCAAGAAACAUUUCUAGCGCCCCGCCCUGAAUCGUCAUUGACUCCGACAGGAAAGAGAGGUGUCUCCGGAGUUGAAGUACAAUUGUUGUCAAAUUAUUUCCCGCUGAGAUGUAUUGACAAGGACAAAGGAUUAAUGCAAUGGGAACUAUAUCAAUAUCGAGUUGACUUUGAUCCCGAAGAAGAUCGUAUUGCAGUCAAAAGAGGUUUAUUGGCUCAGCAUCGCAAUGUUUUUGGCGGUUACUUGUUCGAUGGAACUAUGUUGUUCACAAGCUCCAAGUUGAACCCCGAGUCAUUCGAGCUGACAUCCCAAGAUCGUAAGGACGAUAAGAUGUUCAUUAUAAAAAUAAAAUUCACUAAUGUCUUGAAAUCUGGUGAUUAUACUUACAUUCAAGUAUUCAACUUGCUUUUGCGCAACUGUAUUCGGCAUCUCGGCCUUAAGCUAAUAUCCAGAAACUUUUAUGACCCGGAAGCUAAGAUUGACUUGCCAGCACACAAGCUCCAACUUUGGCCUGGAUACGAAACAUCCAUCGCCAUGCAUGAAAACAAUACAGUAUUAAUGUGUGCUGAAAUUUCGACCAAAGUAAUGCGCCAAGAAACAGUGUUGGAUUUUUUACAUUCAUGUGCCGCCGAAAGGUCUAGGAACCCAGAAUGGAUGACCAAUUUCAAGAACGGAGUCAUUGGAACAACUGUUAUGACAGUUUACAAUAACGAGACCUAUGUUAUUGACGAUAUCGACGAAGCUUCGGAUCCUUCGUCAACGUUUCCUAAGAAAGAUGGCACGAAAAUGUCGUACAACCAAUACUACAAAGAGAAAUGGAAUGUACAAAUACGCGGGGGCAGACAACCCAUGCUGAUAUCGAAGAACAAAAAAAAAUCUGUCCGCGAAUUUGGGGUGGAAGAAUCUUUGGUGUAUUUGGUUCCUGAGCUGUGUGUCAUGACUGGAUUAACUACUCAGAUGCGAAAUAAUUUCAAUCUUAUGAAGGACUUGGCAAUCUAUACGCGUAUAAACCCAGACGAAAGGGUCAGGCGCCUUCGGAAUUUCGUCAAACGAGUGUUGUCGUCCAAUAACUCUGUAGAAGAGUUUACGAAAUGGAACUUAAAGUUAGACAGCGACCUCGUUGAAGUAAAAGGGCGCGUUUUGAAACCGGAACCGAUUUUUGGCAACGUAAAGGAUUAUAAUGGCGGAGAUCAAGCUGAUUGGACUAAACAUCUAAGAAUGUCACCGAUGUACACUAAUGCUGUAGUGAAAUGUUGGGUCGUUAUGGCUCCUGUGCAAAAUAAACAGGAGGUAAUCGCUUUCCUCACUACUCUGGCAAAGGCGGCCCGGGGGAUGGGUUUCACAUUACCACAGCCUGUUAUGGUUCCACUGCAAGAUAGUCGAUCGGAUACCAUUAUAUGCACUCUGGAGGAAGCGGUGAAUCAAAAAAAUCCGACUAUUAUACUUUGCGCGAUUCCACCGAAAGGACAACUGUACGCUGUGAUAAAACGAAAAUUGUGCGUGGACAGGGCAGUGCCGUCCCAAGUGGUGCUACUGAAAAAUGUACAGAAAAAUAACAUAUCGGUUGCAACGAAAAUCGCUGUACAAAUGAAUUGCAAAAUUGGAGGUGCACCGUGGCUGGUGAAAAUUCCUAAAAAAGGCAUGAUGAUAGUAGGUUAUGACGUUUACCAUACGCAAAAAGGUAAGAAAAAAAUGUCUUAUGGAGCUUUGAUUGCAACAAUGGGCGACACCCACACUAAUAUAUUCAGUUGUGUUGAGCUCCACGAGGUCGGCGAAGAGUUGUCCAACCAUUUCGCGGCGACUAUGAGCAAGGCCUUGAUGACGUACAAAUCGAUAAAUGGACAUUUGCCAACGAGUAUAGUAAUAUACAGAGACGGCGUCGGCGAAGGGCAGCUUCAAUAUGUCCACAAAAUUGAAAUCAAACUAAUUAAAGCCGUCGUUAAACAAUUCUACGGUGACGCUGGUGUCCCCAUGGCGGUUGUCGUAGUUACUAAACGUAUAAGCACCAGGUUUUUCACAAAACAAGGCACGCGUAACCCUCAAGCCGGUACAGUUGUAGAUAGCGUGGUCACCGACCCUAAUAAAUACGACUUCUAUUUAGUGUCACAACAUUCGACACAAGGAACAGUGGCGCCUACGCACUAUCAAGUUAUUGAAGACACUUUGAAUCUUCCACCGGAUCAUAUGCAAAAACUUACAUUUAAACUGUGUCACAUGUACUUUAAUUGGUCGGGCACCGUACGUGUACCAGCCCCGUGUUUAUUAGCCCAUAAAUUGGCAUAUUUUGCUGGUCAAACAUUAUGUGGAUCGCCGAACGUUGGUUUAGACCGCCUCCCUUAUUUUUUGUAAUUAAGUUUCUUUACUACCUGUUUUAUAUUGUACCUUUUGUUUUAUUGUUAUUGAAUUUGUCACCGCUUCAUUUGACCCA